CGCGAGCGGGAAGGCACCGCGUCUCGCCUCGCAUCCCCUCGCCUCGCCUCGCCCCGCCCCUCCUCAGAGCUACCACGUGUACCCCGCCUGCGUGAAUACUUCAGGGAUCCUUGGCUUCUGUGUCACAGUAGCAAUGCAGGCAACCAAGAACAAUUCUGAAUUGGUUGACAAGGAAAUAGAGGAAUUCCUUUCUUGCUUCAAAGAGAAAAUCAGGUGUUUAACAAGAGAAGCUUUUAACAGCAAGGUUACAGCUCUGAUAAAGCUUAAGAAAUGUAAAUAUUCUCAUCUUGGGGAUGAAGUAGAAAGGAACCGGAAUGAAGUUGUGACACAGCAGUAUCGCUUUGACAGGCUUGCCCGAGAGAUAGAAGCUCUGAAGUCUGUUACAAAAUCAGAUCUGGUCUCCUGGUACCAAACUCACAGAAGCAGCACGAAGAAAGUGCUCAGCAUACACUUCUGCAGACUGACAACGUUCGGAUACCUGGGUCUCAGAAGAAGCCAGGGACCUUUCGUGUGUGAGGUGAACGUGACAAGUCACGGGAGGAAGGAAGUCACGGGAUCUUGCUCUCUCUCGCUGCUGCCUGGCAGAGGGGGUGGGUGUGCUUCCGAGCUGUGUGUCUUCAGUUCAAAGUAGGCUUUUUGGUUCUGGAAAACUCUCUCCUAUUUCAUUUGAUUUAUUAGUCCCAAUUUCAAUUAGAUUGUAUUAUAUUAUCUUGCAU